GCUUAGCAACUUCCGCGCGUUGCAGAACCGGCUGGCAGUGAUGGGUUACUGCGCAUUCCAGGUCUGGGCCGAUGGCAACUGCGGGCUAUGGGCGCUACAUGCGCUUGAGAGUGGCACGCCCAACGUCCAUCCUACCCAACAGGAUCAAGAAAAGCUGCGGGCACGUCUGGCCGAAUCUUGGCUGGAUGCAUCCCACAUGGCUGCCUGGCGCUCCAUUUUUGCAACGCUAGUGGACACGUUCGACCAGCCUCAGGCCGUGAUGAUUGAUCUAAGCACGCCGCCCAGCACACCGCCUAGGAAGACACCACUGCCAAUGCUGGAUGUGGACGCCUCAACUCCAGUUCACGCUGUGAAAACCGUGGGUGUGGGCAGAGGUGUCUUCAGGCGGGAGAAUCCGGUGCCGAACCCUGCUGUGUGCCAAGCCUGGACAGAGGCACAAGCUCUUCUAGACCUGAAGCCCCAAGAAGAGGAUCAGCUCAUCGUGGAUGAUGCUCCGGAGCCGGUGGCUCCGAAGCGUCGCACACGUGCGUGCAAGCGGAAAAUACUGAGUCAGGAAGAGCAAGCCCUCUUGGAGACGAAGAAGUACCUUGCAGAGUUGCGCAUCACAUGGCCUUUUGUGCAGAACGUGCACGCCAG